GAAUGGAUUGAAAAUUUUGACAAAGAAAUAGAAGAGUCAAAUCAUUGUGUUUUACUUAUCUUGGAUGGUGCCUCUUCACAUAUUACUGGUGCUAUUACUCUAACUAAUAUAGAGAUGUUUAAGCUGUCUCUAUAUAUAAUAUCAAAGAUACAGCCAAUGGACACUAAUAUCAUUAUAUUGUUUAAGCUUCAUUAUUGUCAUAUACAACUUGAACAUACAAUUGAUGAAGAUGAAGCUAGGAAAAGUGAUAUAUACAAAGUUAAUCAGUUGCAAGCUAUGAGAUGG